AUGAUCACGUGGCACGACCUGUACACGGUGCUGACGGCGGUGGUGCCGCUGUACGUGGCGAUGAUCCUGGCCUACGGGUCGGUGCGAUGGUGGGGGAUCUUCUCGCCCGACCAGUGCUCCGGCAUCAACCGCUUCGUCGCCAUCUUCGCCGUCCCCCUGCUCUCCUUCCACUUCAUCUCCACCAACGACCCCUACACCAUGAACUUCCGCUUCAUCGCCGCGGACACCCUCCAGAAGCUGAUCGUCCUCGCCGCUCUCACCGCCUGGGCCCGCCUCUCUUCCCGCGGCUCCCUCGAUUGGGCCAUCACCGUCUUCUCUCUCGCCACCCUCCCAAACACCCUCGUCAUGGGAAUUCCCCUCCUCAUCGCCAUGUACGGCGGCUUCUCCGGAUCCCUCAUGGUCCAGGUCGUCGUCCUCCAGUGUAUCAUCUGGUACACCCUCCUUCUCUUUCUUUUCGAGUACCGCGCCGCCCGCCUCCUCAUCGCCGACCAGUUUCCCAACACCGCUGCCUCCAUCGUCUCCUUCCGCGUCGACUCCGACGUCGUCUCUCUUGAUGGCGGCCGCGACCUCCUCCAAGCCGACGCCGAGGUCGGCGGCGACGGCAAGAUCCACGUCACCGUCCGCCGCUCCAACGCCUCCCGCCGCUCCUUCUCCAUGGCCAUGACCCCGCGCCCCUCCAACCUCACCGGCGCCGAGAUCUACUCCCUGAGCUCCUCCCGGAAUCCUACUCCACGGGGAUCCAACUUCAAUCACUCCGACUUCUUCGCCAUGGUCGGCGGCGCCCCUCCACCACUCCGCCCCUCCAACUUCGGUCCUGCAGAUCUCUACUCUCUCCACUCCUCCCGUGGCCCGACUCCUCGCCCCUCCAACUUCGACGACGGCGCCGCCGCCGUCGGAUCCCCACGCUUCGGGCGUUACCCGGCUCCCAACCCGGAGAUCUCCUCCGCCUCCGCCACCGUGAUAAAGAAACCUACCGCCAGCAAUCCAACCCUGCCGACAACAACUGCAGCGACGCAGCAGCAGCAGAACAGAGCGGCGAACCACGACGCGAAGGAGCUCCACAUGUUUGUUUGGAGCUCCAGCGCGUCGCCGGUGUCGGAUGCCGGCGGCCUGCACGUGUUCGGCGGCGCGGAUUUCGCCGCCCCGGACCUCGCUGGCCGGCUGGACCACGGUGGCGCCAAGGAGAUCCGCAUGCUCGUUCCCACCGAUCUCCCCCAAAAUGGCGGAACCAAAGGAGUGGUGAUACCGGAAGGUGAGGAUUGUGGACGUGGAGGAGAAGAUUUUAGCUUUGAAGGAGGGAAGGGAUUAGAAGACUUGGAGGAGAGAGACAGGGACAGCGGGCCGGAUGGGUUAUCGAAGCUGGGGUCGAGCUCGACGGCGGAGCUCCACCCCAAGGGCGGCGGAGGACCAUCCAAUGGAAGGAAGCACACCCACCCCCAGAUGCCUCCUGCUAGCGUCAUGACCCGUCUGAUCCUCAUCAUGGUGUGGCGCAAACUGAUCCGCAACCCUAACACCUACUCCAGCCUUGUCGGCCUCAUCUGGUCCCUCGUCGCCUUCCGGUGGCACAUAACGAUGCCGAAAAUAAUAGAGAAGUCGAUCUCCAUACUAUCCGACGCUGGGCUGGGAAUGGCUAUGUUUAGCUUAGGGUUGUUCAUGGCGCUGCAGCCGAAGAUCAUCGCGUGCGGGAACUCGGCGGCGACCUUCGCGAUGGCCGUCCGGUUCCUUACCGGCCCGGCGGUCAUGGCCGCGGCCUCCAUCGCCGUCGGCCUCCGCGGCGUCCUCCUCCACGUGGCCAUCGUACAGGCGGCCCUUCCACAAGGCAUUGUCCCCUUCGUGUUCGCCAAGGAGUAUAACGUCCAUCCCGCUAUUCUUAGCACGGCGGUGAUUUUUGGAAUGCUGAUAGCUCUUCCAAUUACGCUGGUAUACUACAUCAUUCUGGGAUUAUGAUGCCGUUUAAAACGAGGAAGAGGAGUCAUCAUAAUGGAAAGAUACGCAGCACGUGAAAAUCCGUGACGACGAAUUGCUCCCUAGCGCAUCGCGAGUCCCACGGCCGGUAAACUCUGGAGGACGUCGGAAAGAAGGCGGCGAAUUUUUCUCCAGAAGAGAAGUCGAAUUACUCGUUCUGGAAAAGGAAAAUAGAAAGGCUUCACUCUUUUCCUUCUUUUUUGUUUAAAAUAUUCGCCUUUUACCAUCUGUGUUCGAACCCGGAGAAUUACUGUUCUUCUUUAUUUGAACUUUACUUUUUUUUUUAGUCUGUAAUUCCACUGUAGUGAAAAAGGGGUCUUCCUGAGA